GGAACCUCGCGCAUCUUGGGGCUGGACUUCAUGGGCUCCCUGUGCGCAGGCGCACUAGGCCGGCACUUGGUCCCUUAGCUGCGGGUUUCCUCCUGCGAUCUGCUGCCCUCUCCCUUUCUCCCCCCUCUCCCCACGGAGCCCCACAGGGACCCCGGCAUCGCCCGGGGGAGCCCUGACAGAUUCUGUAGACGUUGACUUUCUCCCAAUCUGGAGCAUGGAGGAGGAAGAGACUGAGGAAGUAACCUUUGAACUCCUGACAGUCAAGCCCCAGGAAUCGGUGACAUUCCAGGAUGUGGCCGUGAACUUCACCCAGGAAGAAUGGAGAAGUAUGGACCCUUCCCAGAGGGCCCUGUACAGGGAAGUGAUGCUGGAGACCUUUGAGAACCUCAUCUUUCUGGGACUUCCAGUUUUUAAACCAGAUGUGACUUCCCAGUUAGAAAAAGGAGAAGCGCCAAAAGAACCUGACCCAGGCUCUCUUUGUCAGCAAAGGCGAGGUAUCCCUGAGGACCAGUCUCUGAAUCGGGAUAUUUGUGUGAAAGCAUCCUCCAAGGAAAGACUGCAAAAGCAUAGAGUUCACACUGGCAAGGAAGGCCAUAAAUUCAACAAAUAUGGGCAAGCCUUCAGCCAAAAUGCACACCUUUUGCAUUGUGAGGGAAUUAAUACUGAUGAUAACUUAAAUGAACAUGGGAAAGCCAUAAGACAGUUGGGAAGCCCUGAUGAUCAUCAGAGAUUUCAAGCUAAAAAUAAACUAUAUCUUUUGAAUAAAUUCAGGAAAGGUUUUACUCUUUAUCAAAGAGUUCAGGUUGGUGAGAACCCUUUUGAUUGCAAUGAAUCCAGUGAAGACUUAGAAAGGGAAUAUAAACUAAAUGAGCACCAGAGAAUUCCUACUGAUGAGAAAUCCUUUGCAUGUAUUGACUGUGGCAAAAAAUUCAGCAAAAGGUCAUCACUCAUUAAGCAUCAGAGAAUUCAUACUGGAAAGAAACCUUUUGGAUGUAUUGAGUGUGGGAAGAAUUUUUGUGAGAAAUCCUCACUUAUUUCACAUCAGAGAAUUCAUACUGGAGAGAAACCCUUUAAGUGUAAUGAAUGUGGGAAAAACUUUAGUCUGAGAUCAUCACUUAAUUUACAUGGGAGAAUUCACCUCCGAAAGAAACUCUUUGAAUGUAAUGUAUGUAGGAAAGGCUUCCGUUACAAAUCUUAUCUUAUCCGACAUCAGAGAAUUCAUACAUGGGAGAAACCCUUUGAGUGUACUGAAUGUAGAAAAACCUUUAGAUGGAAGAGUCAGCUUGAUAAGCAUAGGAGAAUUCAUGUUGGAGAAAAUCUUUUGGAAUCUGAUAACUGUGAAAAAGAAUUUAACCAAAGAAGAAAUGGUGCUGAAAAUGAAAUAAUUUAUACUGGAGAGAAACCUUUUAAAUGUAAUGAAUGUGGCAAAACCUUUCAGUGGAAGUGUAAGCUUAAUGAGCAUCAGAGAAUCCAUAGUGGAGAGAAACCCUUUGGAUGUAAUGAAUGUGAAAAAAGCUUCCGUCUGAGAUCAUCACUUAUUUUACAUCAGAGCAUUCAUACUGGAGAGAAACCCUUCACAUGCAGUGAAUGUGGGAAAGCUGUCCACAAUAAAUUCCAGCUUACAGUACAUCAGAGACUCCAUACUGGACAGAAAACUUUUGAGUGUAAUGAAUGUGGAAAAAUCUUUUACAAUAAAUAUCACUAUACUCAACACCAGAGAAUUCAUACAGGUGAGAAACCCUUUGAGUGUAUUGACUGUGGGAAAAAAUUCAGCCAAACGUCAUCACUCAUUAAGCAUCAGAGAAUUCAUACUGGAGAGAAACCUUUUGGAUGUAUUGAGUGUGGGAAGAAUUUUAGUGAGAAAUCCUCACUUAUUAGACAUCAGAGAAUUCAUACUGGUGAGAAACCUUUUGAGUGUCAUGAAUGUGGGAACAAGUUUAGGUGGAGGCCAUCAUUUAUUGCACAUCAGAGAAUUCAUACUGGAAAGAAACCCUUUGAGUAUAAGGAGUGUGGGAAAAACUUGAGCCAAAGAACAUCACUUAAUCUUCAAAGAAUUCAUAGUGCAGAGAAGCACAUUAAAUGUAAUAACUCUGGGAAAGAUUUCACUCAAAAGGAACAUCAGAAAACUUACCUUGGAGAAAAACCCUUUAAGUGUGAUGAAUGUGGGGAAAACUUCAGCCUGAAAUUGUCACUCAUAGUCCAUCAGGGAAUUCAUACUGGAAAGAAACCCUUUGAAUGUAAUGAGUGUAGGAAAGUCUUCAUAGGGAAAAGUCAGUUGAACAAACACAAGAGAAUUCACACAGGAAAGAAAUCUUUCAAGUGUAACGAAUGCCAGAAGUCCUUCCAUGAUAAUGCUCAUCUUACUGUACACCAGAGAAUUCAUACUGGAGAGAAGCCCUUUCAUUGUAAUGAAUGUGGAAAAAACUUUAGUGAGAAGUCAUCACUUGUAAAACAUCAGAGAAUUCACACUGGAAAGAAACCCUUUGAGUGCACUGAAUGUGGGAAAGCCUUCCGUUUCAAAUCUCACUUUACUGUACAUCAGAGAAUUCAUACUGGAGAGAAACCCUAUGUGUGUAAAGAAUGUGGGAAAAACUUCAGCCACAAGUCAAUACUAAUUUCUCAUCAAGAUAUUCAUAAUGGAGAUAAACCCUUUGAAUGUAAUGAAUGUGGGAAAGCCUUCUACAGCAAAUCUCACCUCACUGAACACCAGAGAAUUCACACUGGAGCGAAACCCUUUGAGUGUAAGGAAUGUGGGAAAGGUUUUCGUCAGAGAACUUCAUUUAUUUCACACCAGAGGAUUCACACUGGAGAGAAACCCUUUGAGUGCAAAGAAUGUGGGAAAAACUUUAACAGAAGGUCAUCACUUAUUUCACAUCAGAGAAUUCAUACUGGAGAGAAACCCUUUGAGUGUCAUGAAUGUGGGAAAAACUUUAGUCAUAAAGAAACACUUAUUUCACAUCAAAGAAUUCAUACUGGAGAGAAACCAUUUGAAUGUCAUAAAUGUGGGAAGAUCUUUAGCCAGAGGUCAUCAUUUAUUGCACAUCAACGAAUUCAUACUAGUUAAACAAACAAAAAAACUUUGAAAUGACAUUUGGAAAGCCUUUUCUAAAAGAACCAUUUUCUUCAAUAUCAGAAAAUUCUCUUAGGGGAAAAGAAACUAUUUUAAUAUAGAGAAUAUGGGGAAGCAGGAAUUUCAUUCAGAUAACAUCACUUAGCUUUCAUCAGGCAAUUCGUAUUGGAAAGAAGUACUAUGCAUGUAGUAACUGUGAGAAAGCCUUCUCCUAAAGGACCAAGUUCCUACUUAUAUUUUUUAAAUUCGUAUUAGAAAUCUAUUAAAACUUAUAUUUAAAAUAUCUAAGACUCUAAUAACCAAUAAAUGACAUAUUGCUAGAGGACCUAAAUCAUAUCAAUGUUCACAUGAUUGCUACUCAAAGCCAGAAGAAAGAAGUAGGUUGCAGCGGAAUGAAAUGAUGACUUGUGAUGACCGCGUUAGUACCCUGGAUACUUUAGAAUCAGCUGGAGUCAGGAUCAGCAAAAGUCCUUGAUCUUUCUUCUUUUUGGACGUGAAUUGAAUGGCGAUACAAAGUGAGAGAGAUCUCAACACAAAUCCGGCCAGGAGUCACUCUGGCUUUCUCACUCCACCCCCUAAAUCCUGCCUCAAUCUCUCUAUAGCCCAACAGAUCAAAGCCUGCACAGAGUAAUGGGCAGGGCCAUUCUUUCUCCAAGCAUAUCAAGCAUAUGCUAAUAGAGUAUUGACCAAUUGGUAAUUAGCCUUACAUGCUUGGACCUCACUGCAUCUGCUCAGUUUCAGCCCAUUACAAUGACUUACAUAUGUUCCAUGGAGGCAAAGCAAGGAGUUGGCAAAAUGAGUUUUACUAUAUUCCCCCAAAGUUACAAGAAACAUUAUUUCAUGGGACAUUUGUAUGUGUUACUAAUAAUAAAAUAUUUUUCCUAUGUAAACCAGCAUUAUUAACAGUUGCUGUGAAGUGGUAGACAAAUUUGAUUAAGACUCUACAAAUAAAAUUGAUACUUAGUGACUUGGAUGAAAAUUUAGGGAAAAGUUUGGAUGAGGAGAACUAUAUGGAUAAGUAUGUCUCAGGGGAAAGAAAUGUGAUCAAUUCUGCAGAUUAUACAGAAGCUUCACAUAAGUAUGAACAUUUUCUUUAAAAAAAAGAAUUAGUAGAAUUAGACCUGGAGAGAACUAAACAACAUCACAAAAAUUCAAAUAAGACUAUAUUUUAGCAGACAGGAAAAUAUAUUAUUGAUAUAUUAUUGAUGUAAGAGUUUUCAAACCAUCUGUUCAUGAAUGUAAAGAUUGUACUUUAUAAUCAACCAGAACAGUAAUAAUGAGAAAAUAUAUAAUGUAAUAUUUUAAAAGAUUGUACUUUAUAAUCAACCAGAACAGUAAUAAUGAGAAAAUAUAUAAUGUAAUAUUAAAAGAUUGUACUUUAUCAUCAACCAGAAUAGUAAUAAUGAGAAAAUAUAUAAUGU